GAAGCGUCGAGGCACGGUCGCGCCACUUGACGCUUUGAACGGGCUUACGUUUCUAUGAAAACACGCGUAUCACGAACGCGAAACAAAAACAAAACGAACUCUACCGAAUUUCAUAAUAUCGCGCACAAUCUAACUACAGAAAAGGCAGUAAUAGUGUAUUACGGACGUUUUUAAUAAAAGUGGACGGUUUUUUGUGUUAAUUUGUUAACGUGACUGAGGAACACAAAUUACGGACAGUGACCCAAAUUAUCUAACUCAUCAUGCGUUUUACCAUAAUAAGGACUAUCUGCUAAAUUGAAGCCGAAAUAGAGUUCAUAAAUUGAUGGAUUCUUUACAUCCGACAAGGGGACGAUACGCACAAACACCGACGGAAAAAACAUGACACUGAGCCUACUGUGUCUUGUUUUCUUUCUUCCUUGAUAUUUGAUUUUCCUCAUAAUGGCUUUUCAAUACACUUCCUCUACAAAACGACCCCUAGGCCAAAUCCUGUUAUGGUUUGUUAUUGGACUCAAUGUUGCUGAUCAGAGCUCGCUGCCAUUAAAAUAUGAAGCUCCAGAUGAUUGCCAGUGGUGGCUGAGAGGCCCAAAUGACUCUCACGAAGUGUCCCUGACUUGUAAACUUCGCACAAUAAACAGUGAAUUUGAUACUACAAACUUCAGUGUUAUUCCUUCGGAACACACAACAUCAUUGAGGAUAGAAUGCAAUGAAGACAUGAUGUAUAAAAGCUCACUAGACGAACGGAGUUUUGCGCAUUUAGUGAAACUGCGUGAACUUGUUUUGGAUAGCUGUAAAAUCGGACGAUGGCCGCCCGGCGUCCUCUCUGGCCUUAGAGACCUCCGAAAUUUAACGAUCAGAACUAAAAACACGGAAUGGGCUGCCAUGAGCUUAGAGAUAGCAUCAGAGAGCUUUACGGCCGUUCGGCAAUUAGAAAAGUUAGACCUCAGUUUUAAUAACAUUUGGUCGUUUCCAGAGAACUUGUUUUGCCCUCUCACUAAUCUAGUAUAUUUGAACGUAUCUUCGAAUAGACUUCAAGAUGUAAGUGAUUUGGGAUUCCGAGAGAGGGCUAUGCAUCAGGCGUUAAUUAGUGAUCAAGAUGGUUCUGCACCAACAGUAGCAUCUCUACCACAUUCCACGUGCUCUUUAGAUAUAGAAGUGUUAGAUGCUUCAGGUAAUCAUUUUGUGUUAAUGCCAGACAACGGAUUCAUGGCACUAAGAAGGCUAAAAGAGUUGCACAUUCAUGAUAACGAAAUUUCAAUGGUGGCUGACAAAGCGCUAUCAGGUCUGAAACAACUACAGAUAAUUGAUCUUUCCAACAACAAAAUAGUCGCUUUACCACAAGAUCUUUUUAAAGAUUGUAGACCUGUGAUUAAAGAAAUAUAUCUACAGAACAAUUCCAUUAGUGUGCUUUCAUCCAGUCUCUUCGCUAAUUUAGAUCAGUUAUUAGCGUUGGAUUUAUCAAAUAAUCAUUUAACAAGCACUUGGAUAAAUGAGAAUACUUUUACCGGUCUUAUCAGAAUGGUGCUGUUGAACUUAUCUAAUAACAGACUAUCGAAGCUUGAACCGAAACUCUUCAAAGAUUUAUAUACUCUUCAAAUAUUAAAUGUACAACACAAUAUGUUAGAAAGUAUCGCUGCUGAUACGUUUGCGCCGAUGAAUAAUUUGCACACAUUGAUAUUAUCAUAUAACAAAAUUUCUCAUAUUGAUGCUUAUGCCUUGAAUGGUCUGUAUGUGUUAUCACUGUUAUCUAUAGAUAAUAAUCACCUGGAAGAACUUCAUCCUGAAGCAUUCCGAAAUACUUCUUCCUUGCAAGAUUUAAAUUUAAAUGGAAAUCGUUUGAAGAAAGUGCCAAUAGCGCUUAGAAACAUGCGACUAUUGAGAACUCUCGAUCUUGGCGAAAAUCAGAUAACAUCACUGGAAGAGCCAGGCUUUGUUGGCCUACACAAUGUUUACGGUUUGCGUCUCAUUGGAAAUAAAAUCGAGAAUAUAAGCAAAGAUGUAUUUUCGGACUUGCCAUCCCUACAAAUUUUAAAUUUGGCUCGUAAUAAACUCCGACACAUUGACAUGAAUGCGUUCGAAACGUUAACCAAUUUACAAGCUAUUAGGCUCGACGCUAACCAACUAACUGAUAUUCAAGGGCUAUUUGUAAAUAUUCCCUCUCUGUUGUGGUUAAACGUAUCAGAUAACCAAAUAGAAUGGUUUGAUUAUGCUGUGAUUCCUCCGGGACUUCAAUGGUUAGACCUUCAUAGCAACAACAUCAAAGAGUUGGGUAAUAACUACCGCAUGGACAAAGAGCUGCGGUUACAAACCCUGGACGCUAGUUUCAAUAAAAUGGCGAGAAUAUACACUUAUUCUAUUCCGAGCAGCGUCGAAUUGCUAUUUUUGAAUGAUAAUCAAAUUACGCAAGUUGAAGCUCAAACUUUUGUUGGAAAAACCAAUUUAACGAGAGUCGAUUUGUAUGCAAAUCAGAUAACUAGCAUGGAUCUCAAUGCGCUUCGUCUAACUCCAGUUGAUCCAGGGCGGCCCCUACCCGAAUUUUAUAUUGGAGGAAAUCCUUUCCAGUGUGACUGUACUAUGGAGUGGUUACAACGAAUAAACAAACUCGACCAUCUCAGGCAACACCCGAGAGUAAUGGACUUGGAGAGCAUAUAUUGCAAGCUACUGUAUAAUAGAGAAAGGACCUAUAUCCCGCUCAUUGAAGCGGAAUCUUCGCAGUUUUUGUGUACAUAUAAAACUCAUUGUUUUACAUUGUGUCAUUGUUGUGAUUUUGACGCUUGUGAUUGUGAAAUGACGUGCCCAUCAAAGUGUACGUGCUAUCACGACCAGCCAUGGUCGGCGAACAUUGUGGACUGUUCCGCGGCAGGGUAUUCCGAAAUACCAAACAAUAUACCUAUGGACGCUACUGAACUAUAUUUAGACGGUAACAACUUUGGUGGUUUAACAAGUCAUGCUUUUAUUGGACGUAAAAAUCUAAAAAUAUUGUAUGCAAAUAAUUCUAACAUUGACGCUCUCUAUAAUAAUACAUUUAGUGGACUAAAACGCUUAACGAUUUUACAUUUAGAAAAAAAUAAUAUAAAAGAAUUGCUAGGUUUUGAACUGUCGCCUCUGGAGAAUUUACGCGAAUUGCAUCUACAAGACAAUAAAAUACAUUAUAUUGAUAAUCGAACUUUCAUGGAGUUAAGGCAUUUAGAGGUGCUGCGCCUGGAAGGGAACAACAUUUACGGCUUUGCGGUGUGGCAAUUCACGAUGAAUCCAUAUUUGGUAGAGAUAAGUCUCUCCCGCAACCCAUGGUCGUGCGACUGUCAGUAUAUGCAUAAAUUCCGAAAUUGGUUUAAAAAUAACCUGGGGAAGGUUGAAGAUGCCGAUAAGAUCACUUGCAUUUAUAAUAAUGUGACGAACGCAGUCGGAUCUCACAUGGCCGAUUUUAACUCAACAACUUGCACCAGUCACGUCGGUGGGAGCUCCUCGAUUAUCGAAAAUCAAGUUAUAAAUGACUACCUUCCAUUGUUAUUGAUAUCGUUGUGCGUGUUCGUUAUAAGCUCGGCCUUAAUUUGCGGUGUAUUUUAUUGGCGCCGCGAGCUGCGAGUCUGGAUUUAUUACCAUUGCGGCUUCAGAAUGUGUUAUAAAAGUACGGCAUUCGACGAUGAAGCCGACAAAGAUCGCUUAUUCGAUGCGUAUAUAAGUUACAGCGUAAAAGACGAGGCGUUCGUAGCUCAGAUGCUAGCGCCCGGUUUAGAAUCGACCGACCCCAGCUUUCGGCUCUGUCUGCACUAUCGAGAUUUCAACGCAUCCGCGUAUGUCGCAGACACAAUAAUAGAGGCCGUCGAAUCAUCAAAACGGACGAUAAUAGUCCUAUCUAAAAAUUUCAUUAACAACGAAUGGUGUCGGUUCGAAUUCAAAACGGCACUCCACGAAGUGUUGAAAGAGAGACGCAGAAGACUGAUAAUAAUAUUAUUGGGUGAAUUGCCGAACAGAGAUAUCGACCCGGAGCUACGUUUGUGCUUGAAGGCGAACACGUGUAUAGAGUGGGGUGAUAGGCAAUUUUGGCAAAAACUGAGGUUUGCGAUGCCGGACUUGAGGAAGUGUCAGUAUCACCGUUCGACUGUGAAUAUUUACGCGUCGGUGUCGCCGGUGGGGGCCGGGCGGGCGCCGGCGCCGCCCCCGCCGCCGCCGCCGGGCAAGCUGCCCCCCCUCCUGGGCGACGGGCUGGCCAUGCCGGCCGGCGUCCACGCACGAGACUCGCACCCCCACCGCAUGCCCCCGCACGCGCAGCUCUGGGCGUAGCGUAUGCUCCAACGCAGGUAAACUGACAUAGUCCAUACUUGCAACGCUUAAGCGUAUUAGUCCAACAAAAAGUGAUAAUUAUUUUUAAGUUCCAUCAUAUUUAUUGUAGAUAGGUGAACGCCUGGUCCGAUACCGAUUUUAUUUGUAUAUUAUAGAACGCUAGUUUUUAUUUAAGUUGUUACGGAUUUCCUUUUCCUGCGAUAGUAUUGUCUAAGAGUAGAAAAGAACUGUAUAUAAUUAUGUAAAAAUAUGUUCUAGUAAUGGUACAUUUUUAUGAUUAUGCUUAAAUUAUUAUAAUGCCAAAGUUUAAAACUUACUAUUGUACAGUUGCAUUUAUGAGAUAACUUUGUUAAAAGACGAUUUAUUAAUGUCAUGUAAAGAGACUGUAAAUAAUUAUAAUGUUUGUACAUAAUUAUGUAAAUACUAAAUGAGAUGAAUAACUAUCAGAUAAAAAUCAUGAAAU